AUGACGACAAUUGAACUCAUAUCAAGUAUGACAAGCCUCACCGAGGGUUUGAAAGCAGAUGAAAAAGAUAGAGAUAUGUCGAUUAGCUUUGAGGAAAAAAAAUCGAUGCCUGAGAAUGCUGAUAAAAGUAGGAAAAAAAAAAAAUCUAUGACAACAGAAAGAGAUCAAUGGUCGGGUCCACUCGAUUUUAUCAUGUCAAUGAUCGCAUACGCUGUUGGAUUAGGCAAUGUAUGGAGAUUUCCAUAUUUAUGUUUUAAAAAUGGCGGUGGUUCAUUCUUGGUUGUUUACAUAAUAUUUUUCUCACUUGGCGCAUUACCUGUGUUUAUUAUGGAAAUUACAAUAGGGCAGUAUGCACAACGUGGCGCUAUGGAAAUUUGGAAUUUAUGUCCCUUAUUUAAAGGUGUUGGUAUCGGUAAUGUUGUGAUUGCAUUUAUGUGCAUCGCAUAUUUUUGCGUUAUAUCAAGUUGGUCCAUCUUCUAUAUGAUCAAUUCGUUGUCAUCAGUCUUUCCAUGGGAGACAUGCAACAACUGGUGGAAUGAUAAAACUUGCAUAACUGGACGUGAAGAUGCAACAGUGAUAUCUGAAAUUAUUGCAAAUUUGUCCAAAUAUAAUUUAACUACUGAAACGAGCGUUGAGCAAUACUGGGAACGACGAGUGCUGAUGCAAACCGAUUCGAUAUCAAGCUUUGGUGGAAUUCAAUGGGAGCUUCUCGGAAUAAUGACACUGUCAUGGAUCAUCGUGUACUUCGCACUUUGGAAAGGCAUUACACAAGCUCGUAAGCGGAGUUGUUUCACAGGAUUACGUAAUGGCCUAUUUUGCAUUUUUUUCGGCCAAGCAAUUGCUGAUUUUCUGUUUGUGUAUUUUUGCGCGUUAUCACCGUAUUUCAUGCUGGCAAUUUUGCUUGUUCGUGGUUUAACAUUGCCGGGCGCUGAAGUUGGCAUUUAUUUUUACCUAACACCUAACGCAACAAAAUUAUGGGAUAUUACGGUAUGGAAAGAUGCUGGCACUCAGGUAUUUUACUCAUAUGGAGUAGGAUUCGGGACACUGAUUGCGCUGGGAUCGCAUAAUAAGAAAUCUCAUAAUUGCUUCAGAGAUGGGUUUAUUAUGUGCAUCAUAAAUGGAUCUACAAGUUUAAUUGCUGGCUUCGUUGUUUUUUCCAUCCUUGGCUACAUGUCGGUUAUUGUUGAUAAAAAUAUUGCUGAAAUUGUUAAACCAGGACCAGGUUUAGCAUUCUUAGCAUAUCCCGAAGUAGCCAGUAAUCUUCCUCUUAAACAACUUUGGUCCAUGUUGUUCUUCUUGAUGAUUACAAUCCUUGGCCUAGAUAGUCAGAUUUGCAUGUUGGAAGGUUUAUACACCGCCCUUGAAGAUGUUUUCCCACAUUUUUUACGCAAAUACAAGAAAACUUCACUUGCUUUUACUUGUCUGUUCUUCUUCAUUCUUGGCAUCCCAAUGGUUACUUACGCUGGCUCAUAUUGGCUUACUCUAUUUGAUGCAUAUGGUGCUAGUGGUAUUGCAUUAUUAUUUGUCGUAUUUUUUGAAGUUACUGGACUUUCAUGGGGAUUUGGAGCACACAAAGUACGUAAUGCUUUAAAAGAAAUGAUUGGUGUAGAACUUUGGGCAUGCUGGAUUAUUGUUUGGAAAUUCAUUACACCGUUUGUUACUGCUGUUUUGUUCUUCUUCUGUAUUUACAAAUAUCAACCGUUAAAGUAUCCUACCGGAGAAAGCUUUCCGGUUUGGGCUGAAAUAUUUGGAUUUUUUUUAUCUUCUUGUUCUAUGGUUGUUAUACCAGGGUAUGCAAUCUAUUACCUUUUUUCCAGCAAUCUCGACAGUUCCACCAGUGAACGUUUAAGACGUGGUUUACAUCCACCAUCUGAUUUAGAAACCGGAUUGCCACCAUCACUUGCUUUUGAGCAGCAAGAUGUUGAUAUGGAAUAUAUUGAUUGCGAUUGUGCAAAACAAUUGUAA